CCAGAUCCUCCCCACCUUGCCCCUCGACCGCUCUCUGUCUGCUGCUAGCGCCUAACCACAAUGCCCAUCCGCAACCCUUUUCGCCGCGCUGGUGCCUCUGACCACCCCGACGACCUUCAGCGGAACACACCGGACAACGGCUUCACCAGCACUGCCGUCUCGGGUGCCACGCCCCUGCAGCUCAAAGACGCUGCCGAAUACAAACUCAGUGAGAUCAACGACAGCGGCGUCUACUUGCCCCCCUCCCCACAGCACGAGAAGCCCACGUUCUGGCAUUCCAAAUCAAACGUCUCGACCACCUCGUCCAACCACCGCAGCCUGCUCAGCGAAAACGAGCCCUUUAGCAUUUCGCGCGAGAGUUUUGAUUCAUACCGGAGGUCAUUUGACAUUUCGGCCCGCUCCCCCGUUGUCGACAAUGUGCACGAAACCUAUCCCCGCCAAUCGCUCGAUGCGCGCCGAUCCAUGGACACACGACGCUCCUUUGACGUGCGUCGCUCGCGCGCUACCCCGCGCUCCUCGAUGCAACAAGGCCGCUCCAGCGAAAGCCACGACGAGGUGGCCGAGGAGGCUUUCGAAGACGUCGGCCUAAACGACGAGCCCAAGCCCCAGCCCAAGAAGCGUGGCAUCUUCUCGCGCUUUGGCGACAACAACCAUGCCAACGACAAGCCAGACGACCGGCCCUCGUCGAGCCAUCACUUUUCCUUGACUGGCCGCAAGAGAGCUGAGAGCGGCGCUGGCUCAGAGCUCAAGCCCAUGCCCAAGCCCGCCCCCGAGGCCGCUGUGGAAAUGCGGUAAUGUCAGCUUUUGCAUAUAUGCUUAUGAUGAAUGAAUACAUGUAGGAUAUUGCAUCCAUUGCUACGUUUGGAUACAAAGGUUAAACAGCAGGGCAUCGCAGCCAUAAUACGGCAUCGCAGCCAUAGUAGGGCAUCGCAGGGCGUUUGGAGUGUAAUAUGCCAUGGUUGCAUGGUAACCAAGGAAGCAAAGGGAACUAAGAGAAAGGGGUAAAGUAUCAUGACAUGACAUGCAUACCUACGCAGAAGCGCCGUCUUCUUUUUUUCUUUUCAUUUUAUAUUCCAAUUUUCAUAUUUCAUAAUCAAUUAAUAAAUCACUAAAUUGCAGACUAGUCGCGCAAUUAACAGUCGUCAAGUGUUUGUGCGUUGGACAAGGAUGAGAAAAUACUUGCAUGGUGGAUAUAUCCGUCAUGCUAAUCUUGGAAAUAUCCGUCCGUCAUUGUCAUCUUGCUCCCUGCUAUGUACAUAGGCAUCGUGUCUCAUUACAAA